CCCCAAACCCAUCCAUUGCCUCCUCAAACACACAAUGGGCAAAAACAAGCGCCAACGUCUCGGUGGCGGCCCAACCAAAAAAUACAAACCCCCCGCCAAGCCCAUCCCCAAACACCUCAAAGCCAGCACCAAAGGCCCCGCCACAACUCCCUCCGCCGCCGCACCAGCGAAGAAAGCAACUCCGCAGAAGAAACAGGCUCCUAUAAUCCCCUUCUCCUCAUCUGACCGCAUCCUACUCAUCGGGGACGGGGAUUUAUCCUUCGCCGCCUCGCUAGUGAGCGCGCACGGAUGCGGACACGUUGUCGCGACGGUGCAGGAGCGGAAUAGGAAGGAGUUGGAGGAGAAGUAUCCGCAUGUUGGGGCGAAUGUGGAGGUGCUGGAGGGGAGGGAGCAGAAGGUCGUGUUUAAUGUUGAUGCGGGACGGAUGGGGGUUUGGGAUCGGGAGGGGAGGUGUGGGGGGGGGAGGAAGAGGGGGGGGAUGGAUAGGGUGAUUUUUAAUUUUCCGCAUGUGGGGGGGAAGAGUACGGAUGUGAAUCGGCAGGUUAGGUAUAACCAAGAACUCUUGGUUAACUUCUUUAAACGCGCGAUACCGUCGCUGACACCGGGGGGGAGCAUCAUCGUCACCCUCUUCGAGGGAAUGCCAUACACGCUAUGGAAUAUUAGGGAUUUAGCGCGACACAGCGGGUUGGCAGUGGAGCGAUCAUUCAAGUUCCAGGCUUCGGCAUAUCCGGGGUAUCACCACGCGCGCACGAUUGGAGUUGUAAAGACGUCGGCGGGUGAGGUGAGUGAAACGGGGUGGAAGGGUGAGGAGAGACCAGCACGAAGCUACGUGUUUAUAAAGAAGGACGAGGUUGCCCCUGUGGUUUCUAAGAGGAAGAGAGGAGAUGAUGACAGCGAUGAAGAGGAAGAGGAGGCAGUGGAAGGAUUAUCGGAAUUGGAAGAGCAGGAAGAGGAGGAUGCGGCGGCGGAUCACAGUGAAAAAGAGGAUGUGGAUAGCGGAAAGGAGGAAGAGGACAGCGGGAGUGAGGGAGAAGGGGAAAAUCAAGAUUAAUAUCUUGCUUGGUAUCUAUGCUCUACUUUUCAACGCCUUAUUACGCCUAGACCCCGUUCUGCGGCGCCGUUUUCCCCGGGCCGCGAACCAGUACGUGGCGGCGUCGCAAGCUAUCCAACCCAAAAAUCAAUUCUCUCCAUUUGGCGCACCGGGCGCAUUCCCAUUCUGCGCCGCCGCGGAGAGAGGGAGCAGCGCUACACCCAGAUCGCCGUCAGGGUGCAGAGCGUAAGCCGGCGCCUCCAUUAGAUCCCCAUCGAAGAGCACUAGGUUCUGGAUGGGCUGUUGCUGCUGCCCGAGCACAUUGAUGACAUCCUGCGCUACCUGUCCGCCUAGAAUAGCUGUCACGGGGGCGACCUCACCGCCUAAGUUCUGGAGGAAGCUGCGCAGGACCUCAGCACGCAACGUCUCUGUCGGGAGACCGAGGGCUCUGUGUUUUGAAGUCGCUAGGGUGGUGAAGGCGGCGAUGUCGGCGUGGUUGCUUGGGAAGCGGCCGUCGUAGAUUUGUUGGAAUUCCCAGAGGGCGCGGAAGCAGGACAGGAUUGGGGUGACGGCCUUUAGACGGCGGCGGCUUUUUGCAUAAUCUUGGG